AUGUCAGCCCAAAAGGACAGAUGGUUUUCUUCCUUCUCUUUCCUGCUCUUUUGUGCUUCCUCCAUCCCAACGCAUGGAAAUGCGAGGGUGCUGCAGGAGCUGAGCCCCCAGCGGUAUUUCAGUGCCUUGCAAGCCGGCAGAGCAUCCCUGGCAUAUUUCAGCCAUAAUGUUUCUCCUGCUGCCCAGCCGUUCUUGGAGCAGAUUGAGGACUCAGCUGAGGCUCUCCAGGACUAUGGCAUUUCAGUGGUGAAGGUUAAUUGUCCCAAAGAGGAUGUCUCAAGAUACUGUGGAAAAGAAAAUGCAUUAAGGAAAGCCUACCUGUUCAGAGGUAACAUGCUGAUCAGAGAGUUCCCCACAGAUGCCUUGUUUGAUGUGAACUCCAUCGUUGCUAAUGUUUUGUUUGCCCUGCUCUUUAAUGAAGUUAAAUACGUUGAAACACUGGCAGAUCUUCAGAACAUUGAAAAUGCCUUGAAAGGGAAGUCGAACAUGGUCUUUGCAUAUGUACCAGCUACUGGGACAGCAGAGCACAGAGCCGUGAUGGAGGCGGCUUUUGUCUAUGGGACUGUCCACCAGUUUGUUUUGACAACUGAGGCAACGCUGUUGAAAGACACUAGCAGUGAUGAGCCUGAUGUGUCAUCUGCCUGGUUGUUGUUCUGCCACUGCCAGCGGGCAACAGACCUGGCGCAGCCCUGCAGGAGGACAGCCAUGGAGCAAGAUCUGACAAUUCUCAACAUCCACAGGCACCUCAAGCUCAUGGGGGCUCCUUUGGUGACAGAGGUUGCUGAGGACCCAGAGAAGGUGUCCACCGUUCACUUACAGCUUGGGCUACCACUUGUGUUCAUCCUCAGCCAGAAAGAGACCUAUGAGGCUGACAGGAGGACAGCAGAGUUUGUGGCCUGGCAGCUCUUGGGGAAAGCAGGGGUUGCCCUUUUGUCCAGGGACUUUGUAGGUUUGAAUGUUCUGCGCCGGUCAAACAUCGCGCUCAAGACACCAGAUGAGGGAAUGCCAAUCAAAUACUUGCUCUUGGAAGACACUGAUGACGUUAUAACCCUGGUGGAAGAUAAGAACAAGGUCAAACAAAUCCAGGAGGGUGAGGAGGAAGAGGAAGAUGAGGAUGAAAAAGAGAAUAACAAUCAAGACAUCCAGGAUGAUGAGGUGGUAGAAGCAGUUUCCAGGGACAAGAAGCGAGAGCUGCCCCUGGAGCAGAUCCAUGUCCUGACAGAGGAGACCUUCCACUCUGCUCUCUUGGAGACAGCCCGGACGGUGGUGCUGUUUUAUGCCAGCUGGGAGGCAGUGUCCCUGGCAGUGCUGCAGUCUUACGCAGAGGUGGCCGAUCACCUGGAAGGAACUCAGGGGGUUUUGCUUUCUCGGGUAAACUGCUGGGACUGGCCUGUCAUUUGCACAGAAGAGAAUGUCACUCAGUUUCCUACCAUUAAGAUUUACGAGAAGGGAGAGAGAUCAGUGAUGUACAAUGGCAUGUGGGGAACCAAAGAACUGACCAUUUUCAUCAUGCUGAGCCGAGUUUCCUGCCCUCUGAAGCUUGCCACGAUUGAUGAAGCAGAAAGAUAUUUAAGAGGCGAGUUUCCGUCUGAGCUGUCAUCCUAUCACCACACUUCGCUUCUAGGAGUAUUUAGCACAGCCACGAGUGAAGCCAGGGAAGCUUUCGAAGAGGCAGGAAACAUCUUAAGUGGCCGUGUAACGAUGGGGAUUUAUUUUGAAGAUGAUGCCUUGGCUUUGUAA